AUGAUUAUUCUGUGCGCUGGCAAACGCGAACCGGAAAAGGAAGCCGAAGCCCAGAAAUGGAUCGAGGCUGUGAUCGGGGAGCGAUUCCCCCCCGACCUUAGGUACGAGCAUGCUCUACGUGAUGGCAUCAUCCUGUGCAAACUGAUGAACAAACUGCAGCCCGGCAUCAUCUCUAAAGUCAACAUCACCGGCGGAGAUUACAAAUUCAUGGAUAAUAUUAACCAGUUCCAAAAGGCUUGCGUUAAGUACGGAGUGCCUGAUGUGGACCUCUUCCAAUCGACAGACCUCUGGGACCAGAAGAACAUUGCCUUGGUGACGCAGACUAUCUUUGCUCUAGGCAGAACGGCUUACAAACACCCCGAAUGGCGUGGUCCCUUCCUCGGUCCCAGGCCAGCUGAAGAAAACCGUCGUGAAUUCAGCGAAGAUGUACUCCGAGCUGGUAACGCAGUCAUAGGCCUCCAGGCUGGCACCAACAAGCUGGCAUCUCAGUCCGGCCAGAACUUCGGCGCUUCCCGUAAGAUCAUCCUCGGCAAGUGAGGUACCAGGAUGGCAUAUCUCGAAAGAGCUUAUAAGUAUUAUGUAGGACGUAAAUUGUAGGUACCGAUUUUUCUUCACACUUAUCAAGUAAUCAGUAAAAUAAAAUCUUAUCUUUGAUUACCUAUAUAUAUGUAAAAUGUCUAUUGUAAAUUACAUGAAAUCAAUAACUCAAAUUAUAUUUGUAUAUUAUUACAUCUAUUAACCAUACUUUACACUUGUAUCAUUAAUAAUAUCAACCAAAGAUAUAAAUGUUGGAAUAUUUUUACUAGAAUAGAUAAGUACCUACGUAUAUUGCUUUUGUUUUUCUUUUUUCCUUUUUAUUGAACUGUGAUCUUCAAUCGUACUGUCAAGAACUGAACUUUAAUAUUAUAUGAAACUCAAAGGUACAAAAUAUUCACUUUUUACUUUUAAAUGUACACCGAAAAUGUACACCGAAAAUGUACAACGAAUAAUGUAAAAUUAAAUAUGAAGUGCCUAAACAGUACAAAAAAGAAAUUUACUUAGUUGUGUAACUUUUUAAAGUUUACAUCUGGAAUAUUUGAAAUUGUCGUGUUUAACAAACGUCGGAGUAAUAUUAUCUAAUAAACUUUGAUAAUAUAGGUAA